AGGUCGGCUAGCAGUGGCCUGGCGUCGCUCGACGCCGUGCCCUGCUGCCGCUGAGGGGGAAUGGAGCUCGACACGGAGGCGCUCGUGCAAGAAGCUCGCGAGAGCAUCGAGGCGGCGCGGACCUAUCGCCGGGAGCUGCAGCAGCGCCUGAAGGGGCUCCAUCUGGCACGCCAGCAGAUCAAAGAGAGUGCAGCUCUGACAAGGGAUGUGCUUGAGCAGCAUUUUAAUGAUUUAAAAGGGACCCUGAGGAAACUGCUAGAUGAGAGGCUGGUGUCCUUGCUGCAGGAAGUGGAUGCCAUAGAACAGGACAGCAUCAAGCCCUUGGAUGAGUGCCAGAAGCUAAUAGAACAUGGAGUCAAUACAGCUGAUGAACUUGUCCGGGAAGGUGAGAAUGCCAUCCAUGGAGCUACAGGGGAGGACAGUGACAAACUCUGCAGCUUUACCAAAAAGGCUUUGCAUAUUCAGCUGGAUAGUUUGCCAGAAGUGCCCACAUUGGUAGAUGUGCCUUGUUUAUCUGCCCAACUGGACGACACUCUUCUUACUAUAGUGAAAAGUGAAAUCUUCAAACAUGGAACAGUAGCAUCUCGACCGCCAAUUCAGAUAGAAGAGCUUAUUGAGAAGCCUGGAGGUAUCCUAGUGCGGUGGUGUAAGGUUGAUGAUGACUUCAUACCACAAGACUACAGGCUUCAGUAUUGCAAGAGUAACACCAGCCACUUUGAAGAUGUGUAUGUCGGUUCAGAGACAGAAUUCAUAGUACUGCACAUUGACCCCAAUGUCGAUUAUCAGUUCCGGGUUUGUGCUAGAGGAGAUGGUCGGCAGGAAUGGAGUCCAUGGAGUGUUUCUCAAAUUGGUCGUACCACAUUAGUGCCUCAUGAAUGGGCACCUGGCUUUGAUGGCUAUAGCCUGAGUAGCCGAAGAAACAUAGCCCUUCGAAAUGAUUCACAGCCUGGUGGGGUGCUGUACUCCAAGGCUCCUACCUACUAUUGUGGUCAGACGUUGACAUUCCGAAUUGAAACAGUUGGCCCAGUGGACAAAAAAGACAGCAUAGGAGUUUGUGUGGAGCAGCAAAAUGGCUGCGAUUCUUUGCAGCGGGACAAAGCUGUGUGCGUUAGCACUAAUGGUGCUGUAUUUGUGAAUGGCAAAGAGAUGACAAACCAAUUGCCCGCAGUUACUUCAGGAUCAGCUGUGACGUUUGACAUGGAAGCUGUGAAUCUGGGCCCUUCCAACAAUAAUGAAGGAGGGAACUUCAAACUUAGAGUUACAAUUAGUUCUAACAACAGGGAAGUGGUCUUUGACUGGGUACUUGAUCAGUGCUGCGGUUCUCUGUAUUUUGGAUGUUCGUUCUCCUACCCAGGGUGGAAAGUGCUGGUGUUCUAGCCUCUGAAGCAAUGAUUAAAUUGUGUCCCUCUGUAAUUGCUCAGUGACACAGUGGUUUGCUAAAGCAGACUCCUAAACUGUGUGUGUUUUUAGUACACUGAGAUAGAGUCUGUAUAGGAAUGAGCCCCAUAACAAAAACCGGUCCUAUGUGAUUGAAUUACUUGAACUCUAUCCUCGUUACUGGAUUCACUUAAUAUAGAGGUGAAACAUUUUGGAGUAAAUCUGGAAAACUAAGUAGAUUUUCAAGACUGAUAUCUAUUUAAGUGUUUAGAUUAUUUUUUUGUGGGGUGGGGUGAGAGACCCAGAGUGGAUCCUAUCACUGUGUUCCUAUCUAUGCAUCAUUGCGCUUACUGUACAGGUUGGACUUUGCCUAAUGCGGCUUUUAUUUUUGGCUCAGGGUUAGUGGACCAAACUCAUACAUGUGCUGUCUUGCUCAGAGGAAGGUACUGCAACUGUAAACAAUAGCUUGAUCAUGCUUCAAAAAUGUUGCUUCUUUGAAAUCUGACGUUGAUGCAUUUUGCCCGUUGGAACACUUCAUCUGGUGGGUGGUACCGUUGCUUUACUACAGCAAAACAACAACAUCUUAAGCUGAGAUUCUUCAGAUGUACAGUACCUCUGCCUCCGCUCCUUAACUAUGUGCCUUAGUUGAAGGCUUUUAUUUAACAGUAUUGUAUGUGUAGGAGAAUUACAUUUUCAGUAAUUGUGCAGCAGCCAGUUACCUGCCACUGGAUUGUUAGCACUUAGGUCAAGCUUUGGAAUAAAUGGUGCAUUCAUGCAAUUUUUUAAACUUCAGAAUUACUCCAGGAAGCCCCACAUCAAGUGCCCUUACCAGGAUGACAUCACGCAGUUCAGCAGAACUGCUGUGUUGUUUAGCAAUAUCCCUUUGGGUAAGAAGGUCCUUUGUCAGUUCUGAACAUCCUUGAGGAGAACCCACAGUGAAAAAGUGUUCUCAUACAGAAUAACUUGUCACGUUUUUCCUUACUGACUGAGGAAUUCAAAGAACAACUCUGGAGUAGCUUAGGAUAAGUGGUCACUGGGGUGUGGGAGAUUGUUCCUGCAAUCAAGGAGGUACCAUAUAGAAAAGGGUACAUGUAUAUGCAUCCAUAGCAAAAUACUAAUAUCCACUAGCUUGCACAGGAUUAAUACAGGGUCUGGGUAAUGGUAUUGCCUGGGGAACAACUGCUUUGUAGCACAUGCGUAGCUUAUGUAUGCUAGGCCGAAGUUUCAAGCCUCCCCCCGUUUAAGCUAUUGAAAUGCUUAAUUUUUAGGGUAUUUAUUUUUCUGUGACUAAGGCAGCUCAGUCUAUGUGAUGCUACAUCACAGUAAUGAUAUUCUGUGUGUUUAGAAGCCUAUGUGGUUCCCAGGUUUGUUUGCAGUUCUUCUCUGAAAAGGGUCCUAAUUAAUAUUGCUUUUCAGGCAGCAACUUUGGCUGUAAUGGCCUGGGCUGCCAUACCACCCAUCCUUUAGGGGGGAAAUAAAGUUUGUUGAUACAAACCAUCAGAAACCCCUUAGCAGCAACUGCUUGACUGCCUUGGUAUUAAGAGCUCUCGUGCUGGCAUGGGAGUUCCAGGGGCCCUUGGACCAGCUUGCAAGGGCUUAAAAAGUGUCCCUUUUAAAAAAGACCUCUUGGUGGUGGACUGUUUGGGCACCAGGCUUCAUCCUUGCAGCAAACCACCAGGGGUUCUUGGUGGCACUUGUUCUCAGGGCAAAAAGCUUAGCUUGCUGCCCUGGAUGCAAUCCUAUUUUCUAAUGCCUUGUGGAGGCAAAGUAUAUUUGCAUUCAGAGGGGUAUAAGAAAUAAACUUUUUUUCCCCGUUGGCUUAAACUAUUGGGUAAAAAGCAAGGUGAUUGUUUUUGUUUCUAAAUAAAUUUUCCUGAGCCAGGUGCAACCUAUCCUCCCCGCCGCUUUAAAAUAGAGACAAGCAGAAAAAAAAAAUUCCCUUUCACUGACAAUCACUGGUUUUCCCUUUCUGUUCUUUUUACAUAUAGACUGAGGUGUUACAGGUAAUCAAAAGAAUGGCUUGGGGAUUUCUCCAUCGACAUGGCUGUGUACUUGAAACAGAGACUCUAUGUGAGACUGAAUAUGUGUAGGGCACAGUUAAUACUUAGCCCUGAAAUAUAUGUUCUCUGCACUGUUGAUGGGUGAGUGAAUCGUAGCCUCAUAGACCUCUUGUUCCACUUGAGUAUAUACAUAUUCAUAUAUCUGCGAGUAUGCCCUACCCCCCAAAGAAUUUGGCCAACCAGCCAGGUAUAACACAUAUAGCGGAAGAGCUUGCACCUAUUAAAUCCCACUGUACAGCAUAUGGGCUAGAGCCAUUUGUAAAGCAAACCAUUACUCAGACAGUAGUAAAAUGAGAUCUUCACUUUAAAAUGUAUUUUUCAGACGUACAUGGAAGUGAGUAGCUGUCAUUCAGGAGUUCUUGAUAAAGACUUUGCUGAUUAGCACACCAAGCUUUGACCCUGAGCAUUUUUUUAGCUGUGGCUGAAGCGGAUAUUUUGAAAAGUGGCGUGGGGGUGGGGCUGUAGUGUGGAAAGGAAAAAGGCUUGUGUUAAUUUAAGGAUCUGCUCUUAUGCAGGUCUCACUUAAGUAUAAUACGUCAAAGAGUUUACCUCUUGAGUUAUUUUUGUACGUAAUGAUUGCUAGAAUAUUUGUUCCUUUGAAAAUGUACAGUGUUACUGAAUAGUGCUGGGAUGUGAACUUGAGCUCCCAAGUAUGUUUUAUGAAACAUAUUCAUUUACCUCAAAGUACUUUGUACCAUGACUUUUAAAUGUAAGUUUGAACUUCACCUGUUUAAUAAAAGUAUUCUGAAAUAUAA